AACACUGCACAAUUUGAACGACCAGUUCACAGAACGACAUAUAGGUGGAAUGAUUUUUACUUCGGUCUUAAUGGUGCUUGGGAUAUUCGGAAAUGUUGCUGUUAUUUGGAUAUAUUCUCAAAGAUUCAAGGUAUCAAAUUACAGGACAUACACUAUAUGGCUGGCCAUCAUGGACCUUGCAAACUCUUGUAUCGGAAUGCCUUUUCUUGUUUACUACAUGAGCCAUUACUUAACCUUUCCAUCGUAUGGACUAUGUAAAUUCGGUCGAUUCUCGAUGGUCUUUUCAACAAACUGCUCAUCCUACAUUUUGGUGGUAAUAGCGUUUGAUCGAUACAGAAAAGUAUGUAAGCCUUUAAAAUGGCAACUUUCGUGCAAAAAUACAAAAGUAUGUUGUAUAACUGCAACCCUUUUAGGACUUUUGACGUCUUGGCCAUGUUUGGUUUUAUAUGGCAUUUACACCGUUGAUACGGUAAUUCCUGAUGUUAAAGGACUUCGUUGCUGGACUGAUGAUGACUACAAAAAUACAGUUUACCCAAGAGUUUACUACAUCGUGCUCUAUAUCUUCCAUUUACUAGUUAUACCUAUCCUGUUCAUCGUUUACGCACAGAUCUUAAGGUUUUUACAUACACAUGGGAAAAGCGGAGUUCGCGUGAAAACCGAAAAAACUACAAUAACCCUUUUAGCUGUUUCGGCAGCUUUCCUGUUGAGCGCUAUUCCACAUUACAGCCUUGUUGUUACAACUCGGAUUCAAAAGGACUUUAAUUGUAAAAUGACAUUUUCCGAAGGAUUUGCCUAUUACACAUUUGUUUUCUCCAUUUUGCUGAAUAAUGCAGUAAAUCCUUUCAUAUACGGCUUCUUGGAUACGAAAUUUCAGCGUGAAAUGAGAAGAAUUUUGAAAACUUGUCGAGGAGAUAAAGGAGAUGCAACAAGCUGUAGCGUUUCCCAGUCAAUGGAAUUGGAUUCAAGGGAUCCUAGGCAGAUUUACGUUAUUCCAAGUAUGCAGUCUUCAGAAACGAAUCUCAAUGAUUAAUCUCUAUAUGACGAAUACCGGUUUUUGCCAAGCAAAUAUAUGCUUGUACUU